AUGAGAGAGUAUAUCAAGGAGGGAAACGAGGGAAAAGCCGAGGGUUUUACUUUAUUUAAAGAUGGUAGCAUUCAUUACAAGGGACAUUGGUGCGUAUCUUCAACUGGUGGCGAACUUAAGGAUAAGAUCUUGAGAGAGGCUCAUAGUUUGCAAUACUCCAUAGACUCACCAAGAGUGCAAGGUUCACUCCGAUAUAAAAUCAGUGGGACAUGGAUCAAUUGGCUCGAGGAAGCGUUUCAAGCAACUUUGGGUACUGAACUUCUAAAGAGUAUGUCCUUUCAUCCAACUGCUGAUAGGCAGACUGAGCGCACUAAUGGACUCUUGAGGAUAUGUUACGAGCUUUCCGUAUGUUGGGAUGAUUUUAGCGAGUCUGUCACUUUGGGUCCGGCUGUGCUAGAGGAGAUGACUGAUCAAGUAAAAAUGAUUCGCGAAAAGCUUAAGGUGGCACAGGAUCGACAAAAAUCCUAUGCAGAUCUUAAGAGAAGACAUGAUGAGUUUGCUGUGGGGGAUUAUGCUUGCUUUACCCAUGAGUUGGGUAACGUCCAUGAUGUGUUUCAAAUUUCGAAGUUGAAGCGAUAUGUUCCUGAUAAAUCCCAUGUGCUAGAUCCCGAGCCCUUAGACCAUGAUAAGAACUUAUCUUAUGAUGAGAAACCCAUUGAGAUCUUGGAUACUGAGGUGCGCAGUAUAACAAGAAAAGAUAUUAAGAUGGUAAAAGCUCUAUGGACUAACCAGCGCACGCAAGAAGCAACAUGGGAAAUAGAGGUUUCAAUGCGUGAGAAAUAUCCACACCAUAUUACCGAUGUUAGUUUAGUUACGGGGUCGUAA